CGCGUUCGUCUAAAACGUGGAUAAAAACGUGUUUUGGCCGGUGGGACGAGCCGGGUGAAAACCGUCGCCGCCUCCUUUGCUCCUCCCGGUCUCGCGAACGAGUCUCGGCGGGACGGAAUAAGGACGCGGAGGAGCCCGCGGUGUCGCGACGCGUCCGCAGGCGCGCCCGGAGCUGAUCGCGGGAGCUGGGAUGGAGCCAGCCAGCGUCCCGGCUUCCCGGGGAAGUCGGCGUGCUCAACGGCGUGUCCGAGAUGGCGAGCGUGCUGUCCAGGCGCCUGGGGAAGCGCUCCCUGCUAGGCACCCGCGUCUCCGCCCCCAGCUCCCUGGCCGACGGGGUGCUCGUGACCGCCCAGCUCGCCGGCUUGCCGGCCGAUCUCAGCCGAGUGUCUUCCCACGCAGCUCCGCGGGAGGACGGACCGCGCAGGGAGCGAGCGGAGGAGAGCAGCCGGGCGCCGCGCUUCCCGAGCCCCAACCGGCCGCAGCUCCACGCGGGACGGCAAGUUGUCGUCACCUAUAGCGGGCAGGAGCGUGCUGGCACCGCGGAGCAGCACAGCCCGCCGAGUGACAAGGUGAAGGUGCUGCUGCCGGAGCAGGGCUUGCCCGGGGGCCGCGGGAUCGAGGAGGCGAGGCCAGCUGAGCUCCAGCGGUCACCGCUGCCUGGGGGCCCCGGGCUCGCCGGCGGCAUGGAGCCGCUCCGCAGAUCGGUUUCCAGCAGCAUCGAUGUCCCAAGGAGGAAGGCCGACGCCACGGUGGAGAUGGACGAGAUGGUGGCCGCCAUGGUGCUGACGAGCCUGUCCUGCAGCCCCGUGGUGCAGAGCCCCCCGGCCAGCGAGAGCGGCGGCAUCCCCCCCUCGCGGGCGGCCUGCGAUCCCUGGAAGGAGAGCGGCGACGUCUCGGACAGCGGGAGCAGCACCACGAGCGGGCACUGGAGCGGCGGCAGCGACAUCUCCACGCCGUCGCCGCCCCACCCCGAGGCCAGCCCCAAGCACUCGAGCGAGGCCCUCAGCUCGCCCCAGGCCGACGACGGCUUUGAGACCGACUCCGACCCCUUCCUCCUCGACGAGCCCGCGCCGCGCAAGAGGAAGAACUCGGUGAAGGUGAUGUACAAGUGCCUGUGGCCCAGCUGCGGCAAGGUCCUGCGCUCCAUCGUCGGCAUCAAGCGGCACGUGAAGACCCAGCAUCUCGGAGACGGUGCGGACUCGGACCAGCGGAAGAGGGAGGAGGAUUUUUACUACACCGAAGUGCAGGUGAAAGAAGAGCCCGCUCCGGAGUCAGCCGCCAGCCCCACGUCGGCGUCGGCCCCCAUCGUCAUCCAGCAAACCCUGGCCAAGCCGGAGGCCCUGCUGGUGGAGCCACCGACGCUGGAGCCGGCGCUGCCGGGCAGCGCGCUCAGCCAGUCGGCCCCCAGCUCCUUCUGGCACAUCCAGGCCGAUCACGCGUACCAGGCCUUGCCUUCGAUUCAAAUCCCAGUGUCCCCGCACAUCUUCACCAGCAUCAGCUGGGCGACUGCCACCUCAACGCUCCCGUCCUUGUCGCCGGUUCGAAGCCGGUCACUGAGCUUCAGUGAACCCCAGCCAGCGACCCAGAUGUUGAAGUCCCACCUGAUCGUCGCGUCACCUCCCAGGGUGUCCCUGGGCACCAGGAAAGUCCGCGGUGAAGCCAAGAAGUGCCGGAAGGUUUACGGCAUCGAGCACCGGGACCAGUGGUGCACAGCGUGCCGGUGGAAAAAGGCCUGCCAGCGAUUCCUGGACUGAGCCCAAAGCCUGCCGGGUGGCGAGCCGCUCCCGCUCCUUCCGCCGAGGGAGCGCCCGAGUCGUCGGCACUGCAGCCGGGGACCUUGGAGGUGUCUCCUGCGACUCCAGAGGAGACCUCGAGAGCUGCCUGUAAAUUCCUCCUGUAUAUUGUACACCUGCUGGGUUGGUUCUCUCUCUCUCUCUCUCUCUCUCUCUCUCUCUCUCUUUUUUUUUUUUUUUAACUCUUUUUGAAAAAGUUUUUUAAACAGAAGUGAAGAAAAUUUCCUUUUUACAGUAAAAAUGGUGGGGGGGCAAUAUGGGGAAGGAAUUUGGUUCCUGGGUGUUCAGGAGAGCUUAGAGGUGAUCUAGGGACCAAAGAACUUCCCAGAUUUCCCAGAUCAUCGCUAAAACCUCCUGGAUUUCCUCAUCGUGGCUGGGAUAGGAUGCUGAGGCAGCAUUCCCUGGUCCUUGACUACCUGGAAACUGCAAAUCCCUUGUACUCUUUAAGGGACAGUGCCGGUAACAAUCAUAGCUUUAAAAAACAUUCAGUUGUUGCUGGCAGCACGUGAAUCCUCCCGACGGCAGGAACCGAGGCUCCUGGCACCACUGCCGUGCUGUUUGCUCGUGUCACGUCGCGCCGCUUGGGCAGGGACCCAGUCUGCUGCAGCCCGAGCCCUCCCGGCUGGUGAUCUGCACCUGUGUUUGGGGAACUUUGAAAGGAAGUCUUUAAUUAGGAAAGCUAUGACAGGUUUUAAAGCGAAACCCCGUAUUCUCAUUUUUUUUAGACUUCUGCUUAGCUCUUUGGAAGCAGAUGGUGUGGUCCUUGCUGUCACUCUUUUAAGCUAGGCUUAAGAAAUUAGCCCUUAAAAGCUCACUGAUUCCUCCAGUAGAGGCAGCUGGUAACCUAGGAGGACUGGGGAAGAUUUUUCCACUUAAAUAUUUGCUUUUAGACUCUCUGGAAGCCGACAGGAUAUAAGCCCAUCUGCUAAAAGAUACUGCUUAUGCCGCAGAAGAGAUGCACCAGAAAAUCCUGAAGUGCAAAGGCAGACUUGAGAUGCCUCACUUUUCCCAACUUUUAUAUAUAUAUAUAUAUAUAUAUAUAUAUAUAUAUAUAUAUAUAUAUAUAUAUAUAUAUAUAUAUUUAUAUUUACAUUAUUCAAACUUCUUUUAGCUUUCUGUCUGGGUAGCAGUAGUCUCUGUGCAGAAGGCGCUUGCCCGGGAGGAUAGCUGGGACCCCAGCGGCCCGCUUCUGCAGCGUCUUCCCAGAUGUUGCGCAGGGUUUGCCCCACGAGUCGCUCUCUGUCUGCGGGUGGCAAAUGUCCCAUUUGCUCUUUUUCCCUUUUUCUUCCCCCUGUGUCAGUAGAGGCGGCAACUGGAUUUUCUGCUGCGUUUCUUGAUAAUUGUAGGCUGUAAACCACAGCCGCCGUGCCAAGAGCGGGUGCCUGCAGCAGGCUGGGGCCUCGGUGGUGGUGAGGACCAUGUGAUUAGUCUAAACUUUCCUUGUUACAAAAAAAAAAAUCGUGGCUGGGAGAAUAUUAUUACUAUUUUUUUUGUUCUCCUGGAUCAACAUGAGCCCUGUUGCUAAAGGGGGGGGGUGGGCAGGCAAAGCAGGUUUCUAUAUAUAUGUAUUACAGGUGCUUGUUGACUUUUUUUUGUUUUGUUUGUAAUUUUGUACAUAUAAACAGUAUAUUGUUUCAGAACCUGAUCUUCUCUUCAGUGUUAACCUGAUGGAUGCACAACUGGCCUCUGGCAAGCAGGAAAAAAAAAAAAAAAAAAAAGCCACGUGUGCCCUGUCCUAGCCCAAGCAGCCUGCCGGGCAGCUGGCAGAAAGCAGGGGUUUAUCCCCUGGGAGCAGCAUGCUGGGGAGCGGAUCUGUGCCAUGAGGCCUGCUAGGAAAUAGUAGAAAAUCGGGCCAUUGAAAACCAGAAUUCACUUAUUCUGAGCUUUUUUUUCACAUUACCUGAACGAUGGGCUAUAAUCGGUGAUUGUGUUAACUCCAAAACAGGUAAAAACCCAAAUUUUCCUGUGGGCCUUGGCUGCGGUCCAUCCGGCAGCCCUUGUCUUGCCGGAUCGCUCUCAGCCGUGGGGCUGCUGGGGUCUCUCCCGCUGCCCCCCAGCUUGCAGCGGAGAUGCUCCCGACGCUGCAGGCGAUGGUCUGUGCGGAAAGGGGUUGACGGUGGCAGCAUCAAGUCUUGCUGUCAGGUGUGAUUCCUCUUGCACAGAUUUUUUUUUUCUCUUUUUCUUUUUUUUUUCCUACCCUGCCCUUCAGUGAGGCUGAAAGUGUGGCUAGCUCUCUGCAGGGAUUUUCAGACAGUUAUUUGGUGCCCCAGUUCAGGCACUGGGGAAGUUCUCUGCCUUUUUAGUUUCCAGAUGCUCCUCUGAAACAAAACUUGGAGCUGUGUACGGAGCAUGAAAGAAAGAAAGAAAAAGAGGAAAAAAAAAAUCGAAUCUGUGCUUUCCUCGGACUUUGUGCCUUUGCUCCCUCAACUUGGCAGAGACAUGGGAUGGACUAGAGGUGUCGCUUUGCCCUUUCUAUGCCGUUUCUGCCCCUUUGGCUUUGAUUUCUCCCUCUUUGGCUUUACCCAAUCCCUCUUUCUUGCUUCGGUUCCCGCAGCUCCCGAGGGCGAGCACUCAGGAAACUUAAAAUAAGCCAUCUGGAGUCGCAGGCGCCGUUCGACGGCAGCCCCGUGAGCCUCCGACAGGGUUUGUCCCUCCGAGCCAGGGUGUAGCGUUGGACAAUCUGGCACCGGCACCCCAAGCCCUUCCGGUCUCUGUUCCAAAAAAUCAGCGUUUUUCACUGAUGGAAGAUUAAGGUUUUUUUUUUUUUAAAAAAAAAAAAAAAAACUAUGCUUUGUUAAACACGAUCUAAAUGCGGGGGAAUGAGUAGAGGGGAGAAAAAGGAAAGUGUAAAUGACUUUGGAAUGAGCAGCUGCCCGCGGAUGUGCGCGGCCGGAGCUCCGGGCCGGGGGAAAAGGCAGAGCGUGCCGUACCGGGCGGGAUGGGACGCGUCCGGGAAAGCCGGCCACGGGCCCCAGCCCCGCUCCUCGGGCUCGCACCUCUCUUACAGUGCCUCAUCCCCCCGCCCCCCGAAUAGCACUUCAUGCCUAGGCGCAAACGGGAGUUUUCUCACUUUGGGAUAUUGUUGUAUCAGGGCCAAUUUAUAACGGGUUUAAAUGCGGGGUGGGAGAUGCUUCUUUUCCCGAGGGCUUUUACGGUACAGACUUAACUGGACAAAAUCGUCCUUACGCUCAUGGCUCUCUUACUUUUUUUGGCGGUUGGGGUUUUUUUUACGGAGAAACUGGUGCAGAAUGUUUUGUAUGACACUUUUUUAAAAAAAAAAAAAAAACUUAGGGGAAAAGAAAAAAUUGUAUUUUUGCAGAAAUGACAGCAGACUUCUACGUCUAUCUGUUUAGCUGGCAUUUGGGUUCCUUCAGCCCCCUUCUCCCCCCCCCCCCUUUUUCCUUUUCUAACUUGCUUCCAACCGCAUCCUGAAUGUUUGACUUCUUCUUUUUUUUUUUUUCCUCCUGACAUGCGAGUCUUUAAAACUUUUCCAAGCUCUUCAGGCCCCAACGGUGGGUAACCCCGGCCGCUGAAUCCAGCCGGGAACGCUCUUCCCCCGUGCAGUGGCCUGCGUGUAUAUGUAUGUACAUAGGAACCUCUCUUGGGCACUAAUUGGAGGCUGCUCUCCCUUUCCAGCCUGGAUACUGUGACACCCCACCACUGCCAAGGGGAGUUGCACCCAAAAAGGAAAACCCAAGUUUUAUUAGCCCAAAGUUAAGGAGAGUUUGGGUAGGUGGAGGGUGCGAUUUGGUCCUCGGUGGAGCGCGGGGAGGAUGCUUGGGGCCGGGCGCUGCGCUCUGGCCAGCCAUCCGGCGAGGCGGGGAAUAUGCUGUAUCAGUGACUUUGUCUUGUUGGAGCUUUUUCUCAGCUGUCUUCCAAGUAUUAUUUUUAUUGUAUAAAAAAAUUUUGUAAAAAUAAAAAUGUGAAAUGUAAUUUUUACAGCAGCACUAUGAAAUAUAUUUUAUAAGAAAUAAAAAAGAAAAAGUUGCCUGA